AUGGCUAUUGCCACCUGUUCAGCCACCUCGGACGUUACCCCCUUGACCAAUGCUGCGUUAAUGAUCGUACCAUCCCCGCGUAUCGAGACGGCCGCAUACCUGUCGCUGUGCCCGUACUGGGCCGCGUCUACAAAUGCCGCCAGUCCCGGGAAGAUGCGUCUGCCGGCCAUGCGUACCAACAAAGUGCCGCUGUCUGGCAGAGUUCUUCAGCAGGAAGCGCUGGACUUCGCAUGCAUUCUCGGGCACGCUGAUUUUAAGGCUAGCCCUGGCUGGUUGAGCCGUUUCAAAGCCCGCCACGACAUAGUGGCGAAAGUCAUUUUCGGGGAGGCAGCAGCCGUCGACCCUUUAACAACGUCGUCGUGGCUGCUGACCAACAAAGUACUGGACCAGUACAAGCCCUCGGACAUUUACAACGCAGAUGAGCCGGCCUUGUUCUACGAGAUGCUACCAUCGAAGACCCUGGACUUAAAAGGCCAGAAAUGCCUCAGGGGGAAACACAGCAAGCGGCGUGUAACAAUUUUGUUGCGCACCAACAUGGACAGCACAGAUAAACGGCCACUGCUUGUAAUCGGCAGAAGUAAGAAGCCCCGCUGCUUCAAGGGAAAUCGUCGGCUGCCCGUACAGUACACCGCGAACCUGAAGGCAUGGAUGACCCGGGCCAUAUUUGGCAGCUGGCUCGAGGCCUUCGAUACGGACAUGCGGAAGCCACUUGAUCAAGGCGUCAUUCGUAGCAUCAAGUGCGCCUACAAGGAGAGGCUGAUUCAGCGUCUGCUGCUGAACCUCCAGUUGAAGCGUCCCACCGUAGUGGACAUGUUCAUGGCGCUUGAGAUGAUGGCCACCGCAUGGGUUGCGAUGUCGCCAGCCGUGAUAGCUAAUUGUUUUAAUCAUGCCGGCUUCAUUGCCACUCGGCAAGCAUCAUGCGCUGAUCCAGUGGCAUCGCAAGAAGAUUCGCCUGAAGGUGCACUAGUUUACAGUGCUGACGGAGCAGUGCCGCCAUCGCUGGCCCACACAUGGGAUGAACUUUCUGCCGUGACAGAUGGUGUUCCGGAUGGCCUCAGCAUCGAUGAGUUCGUUCGUGGGGAUGAAGGUGUUGUCGUCCAUGAAGAGAUGACUGAUGAGGUCAUCAUAAGUAGCGUUUGCCAAGGUGCCGAUGCCGCCGCCGACCACCAUACACCAAAGCAAGAGAGGACUGCGAACCCACGGGAUGUGUUGAAUGCCUUCGAUGUAAUUCGAUAA